UGGCCUAUCGUCCUGGCAAUUGGAAAGACCGUACGCCUUCGGUCAUUUGAGGGCACAGCCACCUUGAGCCCACUCAUGCAGCCGACAACGGGACAUCUUCCAAUGCCGCUCGUGUGGACAUCGAGGCUGACUCCGUGGCAGAUCUCCGUCUUUACGCCCAAAUGUGUACCGUCCGAUUGGACGUUUUGGUUGAAUAGGCAACUAUGGAUCGAUGCGAAUGGGGAUAUUAGUUCUAUGAACAAAGGCAUGCAGACACACGUGAACGUCUUCCAUCUUGUAGGGGCGCAGUGGCGAACUGACGCGAAUGAUUGUAGUACCAACCACCCUCAGGGAUGGGGAAAACACAUCACCUCUGGCUCGUACAACUGGCUCAGCACCAUCAAAGUGGCCACUUUGUCAGACCCGUAG